AGGCUUUCUCUGUUGGUUAUGCUCGGCAUCCGGCUUUCUUUCCCCGCAGGCUACAGAAACGGUCGAGUAUCCACGGUGGAGGAAACACAGACUUAUUUGACUUUAAAGUCGUAUCAUUUACGUUUAGACACCCGUUGUUAUCCUGCCAAACCAACAUUAAGACCCAUCAUGAAUUUUUUCCUGGAAUCGAUACAAGUUCUCCUUUUGUCUGUCUGGUACAAUGUGGAAUCUUUCAUUCAUCUCUUUCUGCCCAUGAAAAAGAAGAGCAUAGCUGGAGAGGUGGUGCUGAUCACAGGGGCGGGUAGUGGGAUUGGUCGGCUCAUGGCUCAAGAGUUUGCGACCCUUGGUUCUGUGCUUGUGCUGUGGGAUAUUAACCAGGAUGGGAUGAAGGAAACUGCAAGACUGGCGAAACAUAGCGGAGCCAGCAGAGUUCACUACUAUUUGUGUGACUGCAGUGACAAAAAUGAGGUUUACAGAGUCGCUGACCAGGUUAAGCGAGAAGUGGGUGACGUCAACAUUUUGGUGAACAACGCUGGCAUUGUUACGGGAAAGAAGUUUAUGGAUGCUCCUGAUUCCCUAAUUGAGAAGACCAUGGAGGUCAACACUAUGGCUCACUUCUGGACUUACAAGGCAUUCCUACCCGCCAUGAUUGCUAACAACCAUGGACAUCUAGUCAGCAUUGCCAGUUCUGCUGGACUGAUAGGUGUCAAUGGAUUGGCAGACUACUGUGCCAGUAAAUUUGCAGCGGUAGGUUUUGCAGAGUCAGUGGGUUUGGAACUGUUGGCAACUGGAAAAGAUGGGAUCAAGACCACCAUUGUGUGUCCCUAUUUCAUCAACACUGGAAUGUUCGAUGGCUGUCACACUAAGUGGCCAAGACUUCUGCCAAUCCUGAAUCCAGACUACGUAGCCAAGAAGAUUAUCCAUGCAGUACUCACAGACCAGGUCUAUCUGCUUCUGCCAAGGAGCAUGUACCUCAUAGCUGCUCUGAAAAACAUUCUGCAGUGGAAGUUGACCGCCCUCCUUUGCUCUUACCUGGGACUGGCAAUUGAAAUAGACUGUAACCCUAAACUCAGCGUUCACAACAAAUUGCACUAACACACAUUAAUAUUACUAUGAUGUAGGGGGAGGGUUUUUACCCCAAUGUAAGCAUUGUUAAACAUGUUAAACAUUUAUCAUUUCGUCUUCCAUCUCGAAUAUUGACAAAUAUAACACUGACUUAUAUCCACACUAUAGGCUACCAUAUCAGUAAACGUAAUGUGACGGCAAUGUCUGUUUUCUUUGCACAGUACUGUCCAAACUAGAUUGAGAAACCCAAAGUACCAUUUUACAGGGAAUAAAAAUACUAUUUAUGGCUGCAAACCUACAUCAUUGAUCUAGAAGUGAAGAAAUACAUUUAGCAGAAACCCAGAAGCUAAGCUUGAGAAACAUUUGUUAUUGUAAAUACUGUUGUCAUUUUGAGGACAGUGACACUUUUAAAAAGAUCAUGAUGUUUGUCUAACAUAUAUUAGAAAAAGUUCUGUUAUGUUUGAGUAGCUAUUUAAAAAAAAGACUGUUGAACAGGAAACUUGUAUCUUAAAACUGCUCAAGACCAAAUUGCUUUUAAUGCUAGAGUCUGAACAAAUCGAGUUCCUCUGGGGUUUUAAUAUAAACCAAUACAACAAACCACUUCCAAGAAUGGUAUUAAAUGAGGGAUUAUACAUACCAUACCUUCCAAAACCUACAACCCACAAUACCUUCCAAAGUAGUAAUAGUCAACCUAAAGAUCGAUUGACUGCUCACACUGCUCAACAGAGUUGAUAAAUUAAUUGCAAAAAAAACCAAAAAAAAAUAGAUUGAUGGAUAGAAGACACAUAAGUGCACUAGGGUCAAAAACAUUAGGUGCACAUUAGAGGACUCUGACUUAAUUCCGUAGUAGGUUAAAACUUUGUAUCAGUAUAAAAGCAUGGUUAUGAUGGUGGAUGAAGCUUUAGCAUACAGUGCUCUCAGCUUCCCAUGGAUCUUAUUACCAAAAAAAUUUGAUGACUAUUAGGGACACUUGGACACUGCACUUUAGAACACACCUGAGAGCAUGAAUUUACACAGUUAAGUAAACAGUUAGACAUAAGCUACCCAUAGUCAUAUCCAGCGAAAGAACUCUAUCUCAAUGUAAUUGAGGUACAGUAGAAUCCCCAAAAGUCAAGUUAAUUUCAUUUAUAUUACCAAAUCACAACAAAAGUAAUUUCAGGUCACUUUUCCUAUAGAAGACACCAGGACAGAUAGUAAUGCUACUGAUCUAAAUGAAGCAAAGAUAUUUCAUUUAAAUUUCUUCAUCAUUGUGUGUCUUCGGUCCUCCUCAGCUCUCUGUUUUAUGAUGGAUGGAGCUUUGCACCAACGUAGACACAAACAUGGAAACACACACCAACUGCCAGAAUGAUAGCAUAAAACCAGAAGAUCGGGCUAACGUGGUGGUUACUCUAUACGGUGGAAAGAGGAGCAAACCACUGGGCUAAGUUAUCAUGCUGUUAUUUGACUGACGGACUCUUUCAGUGUGUCUGGAUAUUAGUAUAUGUUAACCAACUGGUGUUUAGCUUUAGUGGUGUAGUCAUUUAUAUUUUUUAGUAAGUUUUCUGUUUGCUGUGUGUGUAGGGUUGCCACCUUUCACAAAUGAAAAUAAGGGACACCCACCACAGCUUCUGGGGUGCACCACUCCAUGGGCCUGAGGACCUGUGAAACCUGCCCUUGCCAUGUUUGUAUCAUGUGGAAGAAGAUUCUGCAGCUCAAUUUUAGUUGUAGUAGCUGAAGUACUGGUCGUCUUUUGCAAGUUUUUGCCUCAAUUGUCCAUUAUGGAAUAUAACUCAACACAUGUGGUUUUGUCACUCUCCAGCUUCUUUACAAUUUCUUCAAAGAGAGAGAAGAUCUUAAUAAUAUUAUUGCAGAAGAGAAGGUAAACCUGAGCUUUAACAAAGCCCAAUAUUGUUUGGGAUACAGGCUGAUGAUUAACACUUAAGUGCAGUCCAGGUUUGCAUUAGCCGGGUGAUGGCUGGGUUAAGAAAGAGCCACCUGGUUGUGACAUGUUUUGAAUAUCCUGGAACUCACCAUCACAAAAUCUACAAAAUUCUUGGAGUGAUAUUCUCCGUUUGGCAGAUGUGGACAAAAAACAUAGACCUUCAGCACAACAUUUUCCACAUCUAUAAUGAGCUGGUCAAGAGCACGCUUCACUGUGUUGUGCGUAAUGCGGACAUGGCAGGUCCCUUUGUUUUCCCAAUAGUCUUUUUUUUCAGUUUUUUAAUCCAGUAAAAUCCUUAGAUUCAGUUUAUGUAAUGAUCACUGUAGUCCUCAGAUAUAUAAAUAUUUUGACACAGAAAGUUGCACAUUUUUAAUUGAGGAAUUGUUGUCUAUGUUUAAAAAAUAAACCCUUAACAAUAUUUAUUUAUCUGUUAAUCCAUUAGAUUGACUUGUUCUUUGAAUGAUCAUAUCGCAUCAUCCUGCUUAAUUACCCGAUGAUGUUGGUAUACCUGCCUGUCGCAUUCUGAUUUUGUCACUUUAGCCUGUCAGGCUGUCAUUGUGGAAGCUCCAGAGCUGCGAGAACUGCUCACUGAGUUCUCAGAACAGAGCAAAGUUUUGGUCCACUCCCGUCUUUAAUGGAAGCGCAUACGCUUUGUCCUACAUCAUGCUCGGGAAAUCCUGCGUUUUACACUCUAUUUUCAGUGCGAAAGCGGCAUAAUAUUUAUAUUGGCUAAUACUAGUACUAAAUGAAUUAAAACUCAACAUCGUAAACAAUUAAUCAAACGAUGACAGUCUACUUAAGAUAACCAAGUUCAUGCAUGCAUGCUCAUGACAUCUGUGGGGGUCUUGUGUAGAUCCCAUCACAACAAUUUUGCUGGCCUUAGUUUUUCAUGUGUUUUAUUUUGUUAGAUUUGGUGUUGAUGUGGAUGUGUGUAACAUACGUGUAUUUGACUUUUAUCAAAAUACAGAACAAUAAGAGAUGCAACAUUUAAUUGCAAUUGUGUGCUACUGUGGAAGAGUUGGCUAAGUGAUUUAGCAUUUUGUGUUUCUGUGUUCUGUGUUUGUGUAAUAUGGUGAGUCAGUGGAUGGAAUGGACAGUUCUUAUUUGUACAGCAACUCGUCUGCCUACAAAUACUGUCAAUGAUUCGAAUUCUGUCCAUGGAUGCCAUUAGGUUGACUAAACCUUUGAAACUUC